AUGGCAACUGCAUUGAAGAUGAUCCUUCUACCCGGUACUCGCUGCAACGACGGCAACCCUGGUGCCAUGUAUUUGAGCCCGGUGCCAGUGAAGAGCUACGUUGGGAAAACCGUGUGGCAUGUUCAUUUGGAGGGCGGCGGCUACUGCUACGACCAGGAAAGCUGCGAGUCACCAGCCCACAGCGAUUUCCUGGAGUCCAUGCAAAAGCGCAGCAGACAGAUUUGGAAGGGCGGAAUUUUCGCACGCGGUCUUGGGGCGACGCCCUUCCUCGCCACAGCUGCUCAUGCUUAUAUCGGGUACUGCAGUUCGGACUCGUGGAUGGGCAAUACUUCUCGAACAUGGCGCGGUCAUACCUGGUACUUUGAGGGCGCCCACAUCUUGGCGACUGCAGUCUCCUCCCUGCUGGAGCAGCACGGCAUGAAGAACGCUGCGCUGGUGCUCUUCAGCGGCUGCAGUGCUGGUGGUCGAGGCAUGGUUUACAACUUGGAUGGCUUGUGCCGCCUUGUCCAUGCCUCUGUGCCCAAAGCGGCCUGCGCGGGAUUGGGAGAUGCUGCCUGGUGGGUGGACAGUGUGUCAGUGCCACCAGCUUCUUCUUCAGGUGCAGAGACUGUUUGGGAGUCCCGCCUGCGCCGUGUCACCCUCUUAGGGAGCCAACUCUGGGGAGGCUCCACCCUCUCGGAGUCCGUUGAGAACUGCCGAAGCCAAAGAGGCUGGCAUCCGGGCGCCGAAUUCGUCGAAGGAGCCGAGCUCGGGCCUGGAUCUCCGAACAUUAGUAGUUUCGACCCAUGCAUGUUCGGGCCCGUGCUGUCCAGCUUCGUGGAGUCACCCCUCCUCCUGUCAAUGCAGUGA